AAGAAGAACGACUAUCGGAAGCUAGCUGUAACAACGAGUUGCUAACCGUUUUGUGAGACUUGAUAAAAUAACAUAGUGAAAAGUAACCCUGAGGAGAGAUAAGGUUCCCGCUGCCAGCAGAUCAUGCAGCGCUCUAAAAGGUAAUGAGCCGUAAAGCCUCAGGGUCUCGGCUCAGCGGCGCCCACAAACUGCGGCCAAACUGGAACGACUGGCAGCCCAGAGUUGACAGUAUAUCAUCCAGCCAGGACGAAGGGAAGUCGGGAGAGCUUGGUUCAGGACCGUAUGACGUGUUGCCCUCCAGCUGCCCUGAACAGCCAGUGGUGCCCAGUGAUGUCUACACUGCUGCAAAUGCACAUCAGGAAGAAGGUGGAUAUGAAGCUGGUCAAGGUGUCUGUGAUACUUCGUUUGGUUGGAAGUCGCUGGGGAAAGAGUUGAGGCCUAAUGACGUGACAACGGAUUUGAUACCUUUUCAGCAUGGAACCCGUGCUUUAGCUUCAAAGGACAUGAGGAAAUCGCAGGACAGAGGAAUGGCUCACUCAGAGGAGUCUCGACUGACCAACCUCCUGCGCCGAGUUUCCAGGGAAGAUGACCGCGACCGGAGGCUGGCCACUCUCAAACAACUAAAGGAAUUCAUCAGCCAUGGCGAAAGCAAAGUGACCCUGGUCAAACAGUUGGACACCAUCCUUAGCACCUUGAAUGACAUAUUGAAUGAGAGCAGUAAGCUGCUGUGGGAAUUGCGUAAGGAUGCAGCAGCCUGCCUGGGUCUCCUCUGCACAGUGCUCAGCUACGAAGCUGAACACAUUUUCAAGUGGCUUUUUCUCAAGUUCAAUUCAUGCAGCCGAGAUGAGGUGAAACUGUUGUACCUGGUGGCAGCGCAGCAUGCUUUGGAGGCUGCUGGAGAGAGAAAGGCCUUCUCUCAUAUCAUGCAGCUGGUGAUGACCAACCUGCAGUCCAUACUGGAGAAUGUGGACACACCUGAGCUGCUAUGCCAAAGCGUGAGGUGCAUUCUUCAGGUGGCUCGCUGCUACCCACAUGUCUUCAGCACAAACUUCAGGGACACAGUGGACAUCCUGGUGGGCUGGCACAUUGACCACACACAGAAACAGUCACUCACUCAGCAAGUCUCAGGCUGGUUACAGAGUCUGGAGCAGUUCUGGGUAGCAGACCUGACCUUCUCCACCACCCUACUGGGACAGUUCUUGGAGGAUAUGGAAGCAUAUGCAGAGGAUCUGAGCCAUGGUGUGUCGGGCGAGGUGCUGGAUGAAGAUAUACCCCCUCCUUCAGUGUCACUGCCGAAGCUUGCAGCUCUGUUGAGGGUUUUCAGUACAGUGGUCCGCAGUAUUGGAGAACGUUUUAGCCCUUUCAGAGGACCACCUAUCACUGAAGUCUACGUCACUGAUGUAAGUCAGACAGUUAAAACUCUUGUUGACUUUCAGAUUGUGGACCAGAUCAACAUGAAGCUGCCUGCAUCCUUUGUUGAAAAGUUGUUGGCACCAGACUCCCAUCUGCUGAAGCUACGCUUCCAUCAAGAGAAAGAGGUGAUGUCAGCUGUGCAUGGUGUGUAUCAGGCACUGCUGAGCCUGAAAAACAUUCCAACGCUGGAGGCAGCUUAUAAAUUGGUACUGGGUGAGAUGGCAUGUUCCCUGUCCAGCCUGAUGGAAACCCUUGAUGCCACUGAAAAGGCCCCAGUACCCGGAAGCUCCUGCUCCAAUAUCCAACACCCUGCUUUUGCCUCGAUCAGCCAACCGCUGGAAAAGGCCCAAUUCAUCCUCAUCUUUAACCUUAGCACCCUUACAACCAUCGGCAACACCAAGAACUCUCUCAUUGGGAUGUGGGCGCUAUCUCCUACAGUCUUUGCUCUUCUAAGUCACAAUCUUAUGCUGGUCCACUCUGAGUUAGCCGUCUACUACCCAGCUAUCCAGUACGCUGUACUCUACUCCCUGUACUCGCACUGCACCAGACAUGAUCAUUUUAUCUCAUCCAGCUUGUCAUCAUCGUCUCCCUCUCUGUUUGAUGGUGCUGUCAUCAGCACUGUUACCACAGCAACAAAGAAACAUUUCAGCACACUGCUAAGCCUCCUGGGAGGUCUGCUGUCGAAGGAGCACCUUUAUCCUGAAGCCAGAAAGCUGCUCCUGACCUGGGCUCAUGAAAUCUCUUUGCUGAUGAAGAAAUCAGACACCUAUAGUCCCCUCUUCUCCCUGCCUGCCUUCAACAAGUUCUGCAGGGGUCUGCUGGCCAAUGCUCUGAAUGAAGAUCAAGGUAUUUGCCUACAGACCUGCCAUAGCUUACAGGUCCUCUCUUCAUCUCUGUCGACUGAACUGCUGCAAAGGUGUGUGGAUCUGUGCAGAGUCCAAUUAGUCCACUCAGCAGUCAGGGUGAGGCAAGCCUACGCCAAACUGCUGAAAACAAUCCCCCUUGAUGUGGCUUUGAGUAAUUACAGCCACCCUGAGAUAAGGGAGAUUUCUCUGGCCAUCCGAAACCACAUGAGCCGUGCACCAAGCAGCACUUUUCACCCCCAGGACUUCAGUGACCUCAUCAGUUUCAUCUUAUAUGGAGUCCUGCAUCGUGGAGGCAAGGAUCCCUGGCUGGAACGUCUGUACUACAGCUGCCAGCGACUGGAGAAACAGGAUGGCCGAGGAAGUGUUGAUGGAAGCAAGCCAGAUGUAGUGCCACAGGUGCAGCUGAAAACAGAGGUGGUUCUGUGGCAGUGGGCAGUUUGGGAGGCUGCACAGUUUACUGUACUGUCCAAACUCCGAACACCACUGGGUCGAGCUCAGGAUACCUUUCAGACCAUUGAAAGUAUGAUUCGGAGCCUGGCUGCACACAGUCUGAACCCAGAGCAGGAUGUUGGAGUCUGGGCUGGUGCAGGAAGUGAUGGAGAUGGUCACCACUCGAAUCAGCUCCGCCUCGCUCUGCUGCUUCAGUACCUGGAGAAUCUGGAGAAACUCAUGUACAAUGCUUAUGAGGGAUGUGCUAAUGCUCUCACUGCCCCACCAAAGGGCAUUAGGACAUUCUUCUACACAAACCGUCAGACAUGCCAAGACUGGCUGACAAGGAUCCGCUUGGCAUUGAUGAGGGUUGGUCUUCUGUCAGGCCAACCAGCAGUAACUAUUCGCCAUGGCUUCGACUUGCUUACAGAGAUUAAGAACAGCGGCACCCAGGGUCCAGAGUUGGAGGUACCUCUGGCAUUGUUGGUGGAGGCUCUGUGGGAGAUGCGUUGUCCAGAAGCCAUCCAGGGCCUGGCAGCCUGGAGCCUCCUCACCUUAGGCAAGAGUCUGGGCUGGUUGUCAUCUGUUGCGCUGCAGGCUGAGGGACGUUUUGAGAAAGCGGCUCUGGAGUAUCAAGAUCAGCUGUCUGCAGUUACAGGAAUGGACUGCAGCAUCAAAGGCUCUGAAUGUUGUCUGCUCAAACUCUCUGGGAACAACAGCAGCCCCAAACAUGCCAGUAACGGUGAUAGCAGGAAGACUGUGUUGCUCAAGUCCAGUGAGUGCUCUCCCGAGGUGGUCAACUUCCUGGCCAACAAAGCCUGUCAGUGCUAUGUGGCACUGUGUGAUUGGGCGUCUGUUAAGGAGUGGCAGGCCACCAUUAAUGUCCUCAAACAGAACUCUACCAAUCCAGUCAGCAUCAACCUCAAAACAGAUUUCAACUACAUCCAAGCUCUAAGUCGCUUUGAGGAGGGAGAUCUUGAAGAGUGUGGGGCUCAGCUGGAGUUGCUGCCUGGAGAGGACUACAGCUCUCUUUCCAGCAGCAAGGACAAGCUGGAUCUAAAGAGGCUUCUGCCCUCCAUGAGUCCAGAUCCAACUGAGCUGCAGAGAGCCAUUGAGGUGCAGCUCCUUCGUAGUGCUGUUAGUGCCAUGACGAAAGCCAACCAACAGCAAGAGCAGAGAACCACAUCCAAUCCAGAUACAUUGGUGCGAUGCUUAAAACCUACUGGACGAAUCUGCUUGGGUCCUCUUCGCCUGUCAACCCUCACUCUUUCUGAUGCCCUGCCCACUCUACCAACCCUACAGCUCCACUGCACUGCCAUCCUGGAAAACACUAUCACUGGCCAAGAAGACUGUGUGAUUCCUCUGUACAGUGAGGCUCUGAGCUCUUGUAAGCAACAGGACGUCCAGCUUUUCCUUCAAGCCCUGAGAUACACCAUGUUCCAGAGACAACUCCUCCACAAACUAAAAGGUUACUCUUCCCCCAUAGAUGGCCAUUUAAUGGAGCUUUGUCUGACUGCUGUCAAAUUUGCCCGGAAAAAAGGCAAUAUUGCCCUGGCAUCCCGCUUGCUUAGCCAUUGUAGUGAUGGGACACAAGAAGAGAAACCACAAGAUGGGCUGAGCCAGGCCUUUAGGCGUCUUACUCUGGAGGGAACUCUGGGGGAGAAAUGGGGACCAGAAGUCCAAAUAGAGAAAGCCAAAGUCCUGAGAACUGCAGGCCAGUCCUUGUCAGCCAUGGAGAUGCUGAGCAGCGCUGCUCUGUCCUAUUGCCAUGUGGGGAAGAAUGAAAGUGCUGCCUGCCGCUCACUGCUCACUCUCUGCAAAUGGCUGUUGGCUGACUGGAAGGACAUGACACCUCAGCUUAAACAGAUGGUAAAGAAGUCGGGCACAGUAAACUCAUCCAGUACUUUGGGUAGUAUGUCACCUUUAAGCCGGAAUAUCGCUGCUCUGCUGGACCUUCCUCUUGAGGAUCAGGGUAUUCCCCACAUCACUGCUGAGACUUCAGUAAAUGUGGGUGUUGGGGAGCCAGACUUUGUGCUGGGCCAACUCUAUCAGCUCUCCACCAGCCUGGCUCCAGAAGUAGCCAAGUCCUGGGCAGCUUUGGCCAGCUGGGCUUACCGCUGGGGCAGGAAGGUGGUGGAUAAUGCAAGUCAAGGGGAAGGUUUGCCUCUUCUACCUGGGGAAAAGAGGGAGGUGGAGGAAUUGCUUCCAACAACCACCAGUGAAGGAGACAAGGACACCAUCUUCAGCAUUCUAGGACAGAUUGUUUUGACCUACUGUUCUGUUGUGUGUCAGGAUGAGGACAUGGCUCUGCAGCAGGAAGACGAUGGGGACGACAUGGUUGACGUGAUCUGGCGGCAGCUCACAGGCUCAUGCCCCUGGCUGGGAGAGGCAGGCCAGCUUGUCACAGAUGGUCUGAUUCGAGUUUGGAGACAGGUGGUGGACCGCAUCUUUGGACUGUACCGCGUCUCCUGCCAAGCCUAUUUUACCUUCCUUAAACUCAAUGCAGGACAGGUCCCUGUAGAUGAGGAUGACCCCAAACUCCUGCUGUCCUAUCACAAUAGCAAACAGAGCAAUGACGAUGUAAUCGUCAUGGCUACCCUGCGUCUCCUACGUCUGCUGGUGAAGCAUGCUGGUGAACUGAGGGAGGGGCUUGAGCUGGGUUUAGCUUCGACCCCUACAGCACCCUGGAGGGGUAUCAUCCCCCAGCUCUUUUCCCGUCUCAAUCAUCCAGAGGCAUAUAUCCGGCAGAGCAUAUGCAGCUUGCUGUGUCGAGUUGCCCAGGACUCCCCACAUCUUAUCCUCUACCCCGCCAUUGUAGGCUCACUUUCCCUGGCAGGGGAGGCUCAGAAUGCAGGAAGCAAAUUGCCAUCAGGUCUGCCCACCUUCUUUGGAAGCAUGCAGAGAGAGGACCUGAUUGGGGAGGAGGAGGAGCAGCUGGACAGUGGAUUGCAAGGAGGACCUCCAGAAGAGCUGUCAGCCUACUCCAGUCAAGACCAAGCCAUGAUGCAGGACUGCUAUAGCAAGAUUGUGGAGAAGCUUUCUUUAGCCAACCCUACCAUGGUGCUUCAGGUCCAACAGCUGGUGGGUGAGCUGCGCAGAGUGACCUUACUGUGGGAUGAACUGUGGCUCGGUGUGUUGCAACAGCAGCACAUGCAUGUCUUGCGUAGGAUCCAACAACUGGAAGACGAGGUCAAGAGAGUGCAGAACAACAACACAUUGCGCAGGGAUGAAAAAAUUGCCAUUAUGCGUGAGAAGCACUCUGCUCUGAUGCGUCCUGUGGUUUUUGCCUUGGAUCACGUCUGCAGCAUCACAGCAGCUCCAGCACAGACACCGCAUGAAACCUGGUUCCAGCAGACCUAUGGUGAUGCUAUAACCUCUGCAUUGGAGCGUCUUAAAAACCCUGCCAACCCUGCCAACCCAGCCAGUAGUUGGCUUCCCUUCAAACAGAUAAUGGUGAGCCUUCAGCAGCGUGCUCAGAAGCGUGCCAGCUAUCUGCUUCAUCUGGAUGAGAUCAGUCCUCGCCUGGUGUCAAUGAGCACAACAGAGAUGGCCCUACCAGGCGAGGCAUCAGCAUCAGACGCUGUUACUAUACAGAGCGUAGGCAACACCAUCACUAUCCUUCCCACCAAGACCAAGCCGAAGAAGCUAUUUUUCUUGGGUUCAGAUGGCCACAACUACCCAUACCUUUUUAAAGGUCUGGAGGACUUGCAUUUGGAUGAGCGCAUCAUGCAAUUCUUGUCGAUUGUCAACACCAUGUUCACCAAGAUCAACCAGCAGGAGCAUCCACACUUCCAUGCCCGCCACUACUCUGUUACACCUCUUGGAACCCGUUCAGGGCUUAUCCAGUGGGUGGAUGGUGCCACGCCACUCUUUGGCCUCUACAAACGCUGGCAGCAGAGGGAGGCUGUGCUGCAGGCUCAGAGGGCCCAGGACUCAUACCCACAACAGCCUGUGCCUCCUGUGCCCCGCCCUAGUGAACUCUACUACAGCCGCAUCGGGCCUGCUCUGAAAGCAGUGGGGCUGAGUCUAGAUGUGACCAGACGAGACUGGCCUCUAAGUGUUAUGAAGGAGGUGCUGAAAGAGUUAAUGGAUGCUACACCUUCUAACCUUCUGGCUAAGGAGCUGUGGUGUUCAUGCACCACACCCACCGAGUGGUGGAGGGUCACUCAGUCCUACGCCCGAUCCACUGCUGUCAUGUCGAUGGUGGGAUACAUUAUCGGCCUUGGCGAUCGUCACCUUGACAAUGUAUUGAUUGAUAUGACCACUGGAGAGGUGGUGCACAUUGACUACAAUGUAUGCUUUGAAAAAGGGAAGAGCCUACGGGUGCCAGAGAAGGUCCCAUUCAGGAUGACACACAACAUUGAGACUGCUCUGGGAGUCACCGGGGUUGAAGGGAUCUUCAGGAUGUCCUGCGAACAGGUGGUACAGAUUAUGCGUCGUGGCAGAGAAACCCUUCUGACCCUGCUGGAGGCCUUUGUCUAUGAUCCUCUGGUGGAUUGGACUGCUGGAGGGGAGGUGGGCUUUGCUGGCGCCGUGUAUGGAGGGGGAGGCCAACAGGCUGACAGCAAGAAGAGCAAGAGAGAGAUGGAGAGGGACAUCACACGCUCUCUCUUCUCCUCUAGAGUGGCUGAGAUUAAGGUGAACUGGUUUAAGAAUCGUGACGAAAUGCUGGCCGUGUUACCACAAGUGGAAGAAGCAGUGGACGAGUAUUUGGUCUUGCAAGAGUUACUCUGCCAAGGAGAAAGACUACAAGCCAAACUUGGAGAGGAGAUGACCUUCUUGGAGGGGGCAGAGAACCAUCCAGACCAUCUCAUCCUCACCUUGGAGCAAAGAUACUCUGAACAUACCCAGCUGCAGUCACGGCAGCGGACUGUGCAGGAGGCCAUUCAGAGCAAGCUUGCUGACCUGGACCAAUGGAUCUCUCAGUACCAGGCAGCAUUCUCUAGCUUGGAGGCCACACAGCUUGCCAGCCUUCUACAGGACAUAAGCAGCCCUAUAGAUCUUGGACCUCCGAGCUAUGUGCCCGCUACAGCCUUCCUGCAGAAUGCGGGUCAGGCCCACCUAAUCAGCCAGUGUGAAAGCUUGGAGGCGGAGGUGAGCUCCUUGCUGCAGCAGCGCCGAGCAGCCCUUCGCAGCUGCCUAGAGCACCUGCACAGCUAUGCCACAGUGGCUUUGCUGUACCCACGGGCUACCCUACUGUUCCACAGGACCCACCAGUGGAAGGCUUGGUUGGAGAAAUUGCUGAGAGACAUGAACAUGGAGCACUGCCAGCACAUCUAUAGACAAUAUGAGGUGCUGUUUGGCCCCCAGCCCCCUUCAACCUCCUGUCAGUUCCUGUCCAGUGUGGAGUUAACUUUGCAGCACCAAGUGGCUGACACCAAUGAGCGGAUGAUCCAUCAAGCAGAGCGGCUGAAGGCUGAGGGGACAACUGUAGCAGCCUGCGAGGAGCAGCUGCAAGAGAUUGAGCACUGCAUUACAGUGUUCAUACGGGAGAAUGGAGACCCAGGCUCUCUCAGCCUCGCUGCAAUCAUCACCUCUGCCCUCUGCACACUUUGCAGACUUAACCUGGUGAUGGAGGGUGCAGCAGCCAGUGCUGGAGAGCAGCUAGUAGAUCUCACAUCUCGAGAUGGGGCUUGGUUUUUUGAAGAGCUCUGCGGUAUGAUGGGAAAUGUCAGUGCCCUGGCAACUCUGCUACAACGCUGCCCACUUCUUCCACAUGACCUGGAGCUCCCUGCAUCUUCAGCUACUACCCAGGCCAUUUACAUGGCCAAUGGUGUGUACACCUGUUUGCAGGAACUGAACACCAACUUCCAUCAGAUCAUUUUUCCAGAGGCUCUGCGCUGUAUGAUAAAAGGAGAACCCACCCUGGAGUCCAUGUUGGCAGAGCUGGAACAGCUGGUGGAGCAGAGCUCUGAUGGUCUUGGCCUGCAAGGUUUAGUAGACAAUCUGGAGGCCACCACGGGGCUGGACCACGAUGGGCACAACCACUGCCUCCACAUCACCAGAAUGUUGCGUGCCCAGUAUUCUGAGCUGAUACAGCCUCGCACCGUGGAUGGACAGGGACAGGACUCACCAAAAAUGUCUGCGGGUCAAAUGUUGUUAGUAGCCUUUGAUGGCAUGUUCACCCAGCUUGAGACUGCCUUUGGGCAGCUCACAGAGAAGCUGUGUUCUUUGGAGGUUCCAUUGUCCUGGAGGAAGGUGGAUGUUCUGAGGGAGGCUCGGGCCACACAGCUUCACUUCUUUGACAGUCUGCAUCAGCGUCAGCUGAUGGAAGAGGUCUUCUUCCUCAAGAGACUACAAACUAUCAGGGAUUUCUUCAGGCUGUGUUCCUCCUUUUCUCAGACUCUGUCUGGUACUUGUCCUCCAGCUGAGGACCUUUUGCCUACAAAUGGACCAAUUGGGUUGGGGAAGACUCUGUACCGGCAGCCCAGUGCAACAGGGUCGGGUGCGGCAGUGGUCAGUGAGGAACAGAUGACCCGCCCAAUCAAGGCCUUCACAGCUGAGUUUGUUCAACAGAUGCUUCUAGGUCUGCCCAGUCAAGCUCUCGGUCUGGCCCUCUGCAGCACCCUCUCUGCCCUUGGUCUGGACAUUGUUGCUCAGGUGGAGGCAAAAGACUUUGGCGCAGAGAGCAAGGUCUCUCUGGAUGAGCUGUGUAAGAAGGCUGUGGAGCAUAGCUUGGCGUCAGGUCGGGUCUCCCAGCUGCUACUAAAUAGAGCCACUGUGCUGGCCUCCUCCUAUGACACAGCCUGGAAGAAAGUGGACCUGCUGAGGAGGUUGGACAUCAACCUUGAGGCUGCCAAGGCCAGCCUGCAGAGGAGCCAGCUGCACAUUGCCAUGUUUCAGUGGCAGCAUGAGGAUGUUCUGGGCCCCAAUAAUCAGCCUCUAAGCGUCAGUAUUCCUCCUCGUUCUGUGAUCCUCAGCAACAUGAAGAAGAAGCUGUAUAAGCUCAGUCAGGAUGAGGGAGCCAUCAUUGCCAUUCAGGAGAAGCUGGCGUCACUGGAGGCUAGCAUUGAACAGCGUCUAAAGUGGGCUGGUGGAGCCAACCCAGCACUGGCACCUGUCCUGCAGGAUUUUGAAAUGACAAUCAGGGAGAGACGUGCAAUGGUGGCCAGAGACAACCAGCGCACCAGCCAGGUCACCUUCUUGUGCUCCACUAUCCUCAAUUUCGAAAGCCUUCGGACCCGAUCCCCUGAAGCUCUCAACAUGGAUGCAGCACUGUUUGAACUGCUGAAGCGCUGCCAACAAACUUGUUCAUAUGCUGCCCAGUUCAGCAGCACAGUGUCUCCCCUGGAGGUCCAACUACUGCACAGAUUGAGUCCAGUGUCAGACCUGGCCAUAGGCAGUCCUGAUUGGCUGAGUUAUGCCCAGAGGCAGCUGAAGGAGGAGCUGAGCAUUGAGCAGAGGACUCAGGAGGAGCGGGAACAGCAGCUGGAGUCCUGUGGAGAGACACUGCAGCUGCUGGUUGACUCCAUUAAAACCAUCCUGUCUAACCACAACCGCCAGCUGGCUGAUGUCAAGAAUCUUCUGAGAACUAUGGCUAAGGAUGAGGAGGCAGCAUUGGCAGAUGGUGAAGAGGUGGCAUAUGAGGGUAGUGUGCGUCACUUCUUGUUGGAGUACAAAGCUUGGCAAGACAACAUCCAGUUAGUCUUGUUCACUGUGGUCCAGGCCAGUGGGCAGAAUCGCAACCAGGAGCAACUUGAACUACUGGAGGAGAUUCCUGCUACGCUGAAGGAAUUGCACUCCCAGUGCCAGAGUGUCUAUAAUGGCCUGGUCGACUUUGCCUCCCCACUGGUGACAGAGAGAGAUGGUGAAUGUGCCAGUCCUGUUUCUGCAGCACAGACAAGCUUUGCAGCAGCUGUUAGAUGCAGUGGAGUGAAGACCCAGCCAGAUUCAAUGUCCCAGAAUGCACGCAAGGCUCUGCCACGUAACCUGGGAACCCCCACUGAUACCCCACCCAGCACUCUGCAGAUGAACAGCAAAGGUUUCAACCCCAGCCCCAAGAGGGCUGUACGAGACCCCAAAACAGGACGAGCUGUCCAGGAGAGAAACUCAUACGCAGUCAGUGUGUGGAAGAGAGUGAAAGCCAAGCUUGAGGGCAGAGACAUCGAUCCCAACAGGAGGAUGAGCGUCACAGAGCAGGUGGACUUCGUUAUCAAGGAGGCUACCAACAUGGACAACCUGGCCCAGCUGUAUGAGGGCUGGACUGCCUGGGUGUGAAUGCCAUGCUGCUUCAUGUCUUUGGUCCAGCGAAGGCUUGGAGAUCCACCAGAGUCCAGUGGACUAAGGUGUGGGAACAGCAGCAGCGGGCCACACUAGGGGGAGGAAAUGGGAAGCGGAUGCUUACGCCGCCCUCCCAAACUCCUGGGCACCCAAACUGGGGCAGCGACCUCGUAGCAUCGCUGCAACCACACUCCCCCAACCAUCGGCGAUCGGGCUAACACAACGCUUAGUGGGCCUGCAGACCCGCCUUGCUUUUUGGGGUUUGAGUGAGCAAAGCAGCAUCAGAAGGGGGAGGGGGGAAGGAGGGCAAAGGCCUCUUCACUCUAAACUUGGAAGUAGCUUCCCCCCUCACCUGCAUAGCUCACUAUCAAGUUGUACCCAUAAACAGCACUGCAUCCUGUUAUGCCCAUCAAACUCCACCUACGGGCAGGAUGAAGCAGGAAGUGAGCUGUGUCCCUCUGCAGCACACAGCACUGGGUGGGACUUUACCAGGGCUAUAGCUCAGAUGGAUGGGCCAUUUACAUGGCAACAUCUGUUUUUGUCUAAUCUUUUCCUUAAUGGCGUUGUGAUUCUGAUAGGCCAGUGGAUGACACGGUUGGCAGGAAUGAUGAAAUCAAAGGUUCAAUAGGAUUCUUAAUUUUACGUGGACAUCAACCCCAGACCUAAAAUGAAAAUGGGAAAGAAUAAUCAAACUGCUUUGAUUAAUGGACAGUAAAGACAUUCACAUGUCUCUGAGGUGUUGUCAUAUUUCACUGGGAAAGAAGAUCAUAAAGUGGAAAUGUUUUCUUAGGAAGGUUCCUUGUGCUUUGUGGAUAAAACUGAAACAUCCAGUCGUUUGAAACAGUUUUGGAUGACUCAUUUGUCAGCUUAGAAUGAACACAGUUGAAGUUACUUAGACUUGGGAAAACCUCUGUUUAAUUGUUUUUCUUCAGUGUGGCUCUUUUGUCUGUGUGCUUUGUAACUAUCUUUAGGAGUAGAUCUCUGCCUUUUUUGACUUGCCCGUUAGAACGUGUUGCUUGCAUCAUACGCAUUUACUCCCCAGCCCUAAUGUUUGCAUUUUAUGAAUCUUGACUUUCUAGUUUUACAUUUUUAUUAGGAGAAAUUCAGUUUUUGGUGAUGGUGAAACAUGAUAUUUCUUAAAGCUUUUAUUGGAUUUUGUUGGAUGCCAAAUAAAGAUGGAACUAAGAAGU